CUCUCUGCUAACUCCUCAGUGGUAGAUGGACCGAAAAAAAAACUUUUUUUUUGCUUGCUGCACUCUCACACACACACACACACACACACUCUCGCUCACUCACAGAGCAACCCCUGUUGCAAGUCUCCAGAAGCCAGACGGGGGUGUUGUAUCUGUCUAUGCCUGCGCUCAAGCUUUGGAUGAAUUCUGGCUUCUCACUAGCCGUGGUCAUCGCUCGCUCCUCGAGCCAACUUCUGUUCUGAUUAAGAAUCGUCGGAGGGUGUUUUUCUUGGGGAUUUGUCUGUAGUGUAUCAAAGCACCAACAUGACACUUUUAGGCUCGGAACACUCUAUGAUGAUCAGAAGCAAAUUCAGAUCAGUUCUGCAGCUCAGGCUCCAACAACGCAGGACCCGCGAGCAGCUGGCAGACCAGGGCAUCAUGCCACCACUGAAGAGCCCAGGGACGUUCCACGAGCAACGGAAAAAUCUAGAAAGAGCUAAGACAGAAGACUACUUAAAGCACAAGAUUAGAAGCAGACCUGAGAGAGCCGAGUUGGUUAAUAUGCACAUUUUACAAGAUACACCUGCGGUGGGAACACUUCAGGCCACUCAGCUGAAGCUGAAGAGAGCCAGGCUGGCUGAUGACCUCAAUGAGAAAAUAGCCCAACGACCUGGGCCCUUGGAGCUGGUGAAGAAAAAUAUAAUUCCAGUGGAUUCGGCCGUGAAAGAUGCCAUCAACGUUGGCCAAGUUGAUUUCCCCAAAGCUCCCGAUUCCUUUUCCUUUGAAGAAGACAGCAGCAAUGAGGCUUUGACUCCAGAGCAGCCGAGAAGUCAGGAAUCCCAAGGGUCGGAGAGCUCCCCGUCAGAGGCCAAGUAUAGCGAGGCCUCAUCGCCACUAGCGACCAGCACAAUCCAGUAUCUUCCCCACCUCUCCCAGCAGUGUGAGUUUAACAGGCAGACAUCUGCACGUAGUUACCCAGGGAACCAAACCCAGCUGAAUGAUCAGAUCCCUGCACCAAUACCAGUGCCAGCCAUAGUUAAAACGAAACCCUCAUCAGACGGCAAGAACCAGCGUCACAAGAAACCCAAGGACACAAAGCCAAAGGUGAAGAAGCUGAAAUACCAUCAGUACAUUCCACCCGAUCAGAAGCCCGAGAAGUGCCUGCCCCCCAUGGACUCUGCCUAUGCACGGCUCCUCCAACAGCAGCAACUCUUCCUUCAGCUCCAGAUCCUCAGCCAACAGCAGCAGCAGCACUACAGCUACCAGAACAUCCUCCCUACAACAAUAAAACAGCCUGGUGAGCAGUUGUCACGGGGAAACGCGGGGAUGUCCUCUGGUGCUGUCACAAGCAGCAGCCUGUCACCUGUCAGAUCCACCAUCUCAGCGCAAGCUGCUGUCUGCUCUCUGAAGCCAGGACCCUUGCCCUCAAACCUGGAUGAUUUAAAAGUCUCGGAGUUGAGGCAGCAUCUGAGGAUACGAGGCUUGCCCGUGUCUGGCACAAAAACAGCCCUCAUGAAGCGACUGAAACCUUUCCAGGAUUGCAAUGGAGCUGUCCCGCCCACCGCCAUCUCUAAUUCAGUCAGCGAGAUGACAGCAGUGACUUUCUCAAUGACCCCGGCCACGUCUCUGUCCAGCUUCCAGCCUCAGCCGGGCACCACGGUGCUGCCCAACGGGUUCUAUCAGUUUGGCAGCACCAGCUCCACCCCGCCCAUCUCCCCCGCCUCCUCAGACCUGUCAGUGACCGGCUCUGACCUAAGCGGUUUGCCCGACACCUUCAGUGACGUGGCCGUGUCCUCCCCCCAGUUUGUGCUGCCCACCUCCCCAGGCCGGCUGUGCGGGGAGGAUGGGCUGAUGGGCAGCGCUCAGGCCGAACUGGAGGGCCUCGAGGUGCAGAAGGACAAGAUGCUGAUGGAGAAGCAGAAGGUGAUCGAGGAGCUGACCUGGAAGCUGCACAGGGAGCAGAAACAGGUGGAGGAGCUGAAGAUGGAGCUGCAAAAGCAGAAGAGAAAUAACCAGCCCGACCACUCGCUCUUCUCGGUGUCCAUCAAACAGGAAAACCUGAUGUCCAGCUGUCCAUUUGCAGAUCAGCAGAUCAAUGACAGGAGCCCCACUGCCAUUGUCUCCUCCACAUCCAACUGUGGCUCAACAGAGAGUCUGAAUGCUUGUGGGACGCCACAGAGGUCACAGAGCGUGGUGAACAAUCACACAAGUGCAGAAGGUUGCGAGCAGAACACCAUUAGGUCCCCGCCUUUCCUCAGCCCUCAGUGCUCCCCUCAACAUUCCCCUUUGGGCGGCUCCACACACAGCCCGCAGCACGCCAGCCUUCCUCCUUCCCCCAAGAACCACUUCCUAUUGUCCAUGUCUCCCACCCCCCAAAAUGGAGAUGGACGAAGUGUUUCACCUCAUCAGCUCCAAACUGCCAACGGUCACCUCAAAGUACAGGCCACACAGGGACAGGAGCCUCUACAAGCCAACAGCCCCCAGUACCAGCACCACAUCCUCCAACACCAGAUACUCAGGAAGAUGAACGUCCCAAACUCUGCUGUCCCGGGGCAGCAAAAGUUCAUGGUUGGUGGGUCUCCCUUCUGUAGCUCGAGCUCCACACUCAGCAAGAUAAAACAGCCUCCGUCUUAUGAGGAUGCAGUCAAACAGCAAUUAUCCAGGAGCCAGAUGGAUGACCUUCUGGAUGUGCUCAUUGAGAGUGGAGAAAUGCCACCAAAUGCCAAAAACGAUCAUCCGUGUAACCCAAAGUCAGUGCCUCAAAUCACAGUGUCCUCAGGAGCUGCCAGUGUGACCGGGCCCAGAUCUUCAGCGAGCUCCUUCGAUCACAUGUCCCCUCCCCACCUUCCCUUUGACCAUUGCACGAGCAACGGUGACAAUCGGCUGGAGGCCUUGCUGAAUUCUCACGGCUCCCUGAGCAGGGGCAGUGACCUCAGUCUGCUCAAAAUGGGCGGCGAGGAUUCUCGCUUGGACACUAUGGUGGAGGGCUUCCCGGGGACCCCGCAGGAGGAAGUGCUGAACACUCCAGACAUUCUGGAGAAUCCUCUGUCACCGAUAGAAGCCCACAUGUCACCGACACCCACACAUGGCCCAGGUCUGAACCUGGGUCUCACAGAAACACCCUUGGAGAGUAUGGACUGGCUGGAUCUCACACCCCCCAGCUCAGCCGCUGCCUUUGGAUCUGUCGGCUCCACCACCCCCAGCAUCUUCUCUGCUGAUUUCCUGGACGUGACGGAGCUAAACUUAAACACGACUAUGAACUUGCAAUGGUAACGUUCUCUACGGGAAACAAACUACGUGGUAUGAAUAAGGAACCACACCCUUGAGGUGUACCAGCCAAACAGGUCACGUCGGCAAGAGUAAAGUUGCUGGAAAGCAACUGUUAGUCUGAGAUAAAAUCAAUAAGCUGUGGUUGCUGCAUGUCAUCAUGUCAUGAUUGCUGUGUAAACUUUCUUGUGACUGCAUUUUACUGGAUGCAGCACAACCAUCAUGUCCAUUGCCAAAAAUACAGGGGUCUGCUGUAGUCUAAAUCAAACUGAACAACGAAGUGUGAAUGGGCAAAGGGUGAAUGCCUGGUAGACAGUCCCAUUGGCAUGGAGUUUGUAACUGACACGUCUUUUGUACAUAGCUUAAAGUCGCUCACUCCGUUUGCAAGAUCUUUUGUGGAUCUUUAUAUUAAAAAAAGAAUUCUUUAUUACUAGCUCAAGUCGACGUUUGCCACCCAGAUUAGCGGAGGGCAUUGGGAGGGUACCUGCAUGUCUUGUGAAGCGCGCCAUUGCGCUGUCACAGUAACGAUGCAGAUAUCCGUCCACCCUCUGUAGCGCGGAUAUUAAUCUAGUUUUCACUUUGCACAAUUAAGACUUUGUCACGUUUUUGCCUUUUGUAGAUACCCAACUAGGUGUGAAAGUGUGCAGAAGCCAUUCCAUGCAACUACGCACUUCUGUUUUGCAAAACCCAGUAAGUUUAUUAAACGUAUCCGAUGCAUGGCUUUGCACAACAGAUGCUUCUUAUAAAAGUUUAUAUGUGGGGGUGGGAGGGAUGGUCUUUUUUUUUUUUGCCUUGUAUUUGAUGAACAAAACGAAAGCAGGUCCCACUUUGUAGAAAGGAGUAAAAUUGCAGAAUCAUGGAAGAGGCUAUCUUGAUUGUCUAAAGUUUAGACUUGUUGCAUCAUAGGAAAAUGUUACACCCGGAUUGCAAUGCACAACAGCUGAGCAAAUAUCUGUUCCGGCCUUGAAUCCAGUUGUUUUAUAGGCAAUUUUGGUAUUGACCAAGGUGUUAUUUUUUUAUAUAUAUAUCGUCAGAAUGUAGCCUUCAGGCCCCCGUUUUUAUAUUUAAAAGAGAUUUGAUGUCAUAGGGGAACAACAGCGAUGAGAAUCAGGUAACUGAGAUGUCUCCAAUUUCAACCCUUGUCUUAGUGUAAAGAAGCAUAGUUUAUUUUUUUGGUAAUUUUUAUUCAAAGCAAGGAAAAUAUUUUCAUACAGUUUUUUUUUGUAUUUUGUAUCUUCCCUCUCGGUAAUGUUAUUUAAAGCGAAAACCAAGUACUUUGUGCUAUUUCAGCAUCUGUGGAGCAUCAAUUCUGUCUCCAGCUCAGAGGUUACUCUGCAAGUGUCUUGUCAAGUCUCAUGUGGAGCUUUAUCAUUGGAAAUACUUAUCUUAUUUUCCCCCCAGUUUUGAAUUGUUUGCUAAUUUUAAGAAGUUCAUAUCUUAAAGAUACUGUACAGUCUGUUAACCUGUUCUCCUCACAAUGCUUUAGAGUUUUGUAAUUGUCUCUCUCCUGUCUCUCUCUUGCUGUUUAUUAUACCUUCCAAUCAAGGCCUUGACUAAUCUAGAAUACCAUCCCUCGAGUGCCUUAUAACGGGAGUAAGUAGUGAAGAACAGGUAUAAUGAACAGUGUGUCCUGGUGUGCUGUGUCACACACACUACGUGCUGAUUAUAAUGAUCAAUUAUUGUAAACGUCCUGCUCUUGUGCCUGAAAGCAGCACUCCACGGUCCAAACUCUCUUCAUUUUUCCUUUGUGAACGCUGGAACCAUCGAGCGCAGUUCACGGACGUUCCUGUGAGUUAAACCAGUUACUGAAGUCACAGUUAAUGUUCUGAGGCCUGAAUUGUAUGAUCCCAUUCCAGUGACUAUUUUAUUAAGAGUGGUUCCUUUUGAACUGGAUGAAAUGCAUGACUUUGUCGUUCACGCUUAGAUAGUGCGGUUUAUCAAAGUCGGUGUGCAGUAACAAUAACACUAGUGCUGCUGAAUAAGCAGAUCCAAUCCUUGCGAGAUUUACAGAUUGUGGUGUAUAAUUCAAGAGAGCCAAUAUUCUCCAGCAUUGAUCGACCCAAUCAGGUCUUAACAUAUCAAACAAUCAGAACUCGCAAACCUUCAGCUCUAAAACAAGUUGCCUUAAAUGUUUUAAAUUCUUUCACAAUUUUCAG